CCAAUCACAAUUCAGGGGCAAUCUCAGCGCAGACUAGUUCUGGCUUCUUUGUCAGGUCAAACCUGUUAAACAUAUCCUGACAGAAAGUGUUUUAAAUUUGUUUAAACGUUGAUUUCAGUGCAAUGUUAUGUAGAUAUUUUGUACAAAAUGUCAAGUGGUGAAUUUGACUGUUUCAAAACAACGUACUGUAAAUAUGUGGAUAUGUUUUUUAUUUCGCAUUUGCCGAUCCGCGGUUCAGUGAGGACAUUAGCUUUGUUUGUAAUUUCAGCAUUUCGUGAUGUAGAAAUCCAAUUCGUCUAAUUGGUUUUGUAUUUCAUUUCCUAAAACGGUGUAGUUGUUUUUGUUGAGACCCAAUCCCUUUGUCCACACAGCAAUUGAUGUCGCUUUUGACAUUUCAACUGCUUGUGUGUGUCUAUUUGGCCCAAAUGAGCAUUGGAAUAAUUGUAAAUCAACAGUGAAAGGAUUCAGUUAGUUGCAAAACUUUGGAAGAAUUGCAUUUUCUUACUUUUCUGUCACAUCAGUAACUGUUGAUUCUGCAUGGGCUCUGAAUUGAGUUGUGUCAUUUGAGAGGGCAUUAAAUAUGCACCCAUCCGCGUGUGAAUCGCGUGUGAAUCUUGAAUCAACAGUUCAAAUGAACUGACGCAAAAAAAAAUCAUGGAAAUUACGGCAAUUAUCACAGAUCACUAGCAAUUGAUUUUUAUAAUAGUAUGAGAUGCCUACAGAAUUCAUCUCGAGAGAAAGAUUCCAGUCAGGUGACACUACGCUAUUACAUUCGAUACCAAAUAGAAAUGUCCAGUCAGUUGACACUACGCCAUUACAUUCGAUACCAAAUAGAAAUGUUUAAUCACUUUUCACAACAACUAAAUGUAAUAUAAACUACACGGGGAAGAGUUGCUACUUGAUGAAAAUUCAAAUUAACUCGGUGAAGCCAUCUACUAAAUUCUGAUUGGGCAAUGUCAACGCAUGCGCAACACGAGGACUCGCCAUGGAUCCCGAAUAGCACUGACCCCGGAGCAAGGGCUACCACUAAAAUGUAGGACAAUAGCGCCACUCAGAGGAAAUAAUGUACCAUAUCAAGGCAGUUCAUCCUCACCUGACACCAGCAAAGGCUUCCCCCUCCUCUCACCUCAAGGACCACAACCCAGCCCCCUGCCCCGUCUCUACCCAUCCCAAGCUCCCAGGUUCUCUGCCAGUUGUUACCGGUCAUUGAGAGGACAGGGAUUAUCUAUGCGUUUGUCCAGGCCGGCUCGCUUCAGAUGACACAGGAGAACCCUAAACCCAUAAUACCCCAGAUGCCUUCUUCAUCCCCCCAGCCACUCAAGAUGGUGGGAUUGUCAGUGACUCAGGGGACAGUGAUGUUUGUGGUUCCUCAGAGCCCAGUGCAGGCUUCGUAGCACCCAAAAACUUUCACAACGCAGGGCAACACCGGGCUUGUGCCUCUGGCCCCAGCUCCAGUUCCCAUGCCCUCAGUGCAGAAGAACAAUGCCACAUUAGCUGAAUUCUCCCGCAGAAGGAAAUAUGUCUAUGAUGUCCCGUUGUAGCUGCUCUGCAGAGCCAUGGCGAUGGACAGCAUCCGGCCGUCUACAGACCCGUCCCUCACACAACCUCGCAACAAGAUUCCACCUCAGUCCCUCAUAGGACAGCGUACAAACACUGCUUCCAACAGAAAUCCUACCGCAGUCUCCCUGGCCGAGGCCGUUCCCAUCCAGACUAAAUCACAGAGCGGCAGCAAUGGGCCGUGCGUUACCGUAUCGAAGAACCAAGGCAGUUCAUCCUCACCUGACACCAGCACAGGCUUCCCCCCUCCUCUCACCUCAAAGACCACAAGCCAGCCCCCCACCCCGUCUCUACCCAUCCCAAGCUCCCAGGUUCUCUGCCAGUUGUUACCGGUCAUUGAGAGGACAGGGAUUAUCUAUGCGUUUGUCCAGGCCGGCUCGCUUCAGAUGACACAGGAGAACCCUAAACCCAUAAUACCCCAGGUGCCUUCUUCAUCCCCCCAGCCACUCCAGAUGGUGGGAUCGUCAGUGACUCGGGGGACAGUGAUGUUUGUGGUUCCUCAGAACCCAGUGUCGCAGGCUUCGUCGCAGCCAAAAACUUUCACAACGCCGGGGAACACCAGGCUUGUGCCUCUGGCCCCAGCUCCAGUUCCCAUGCCCUCAGUGCAGAAGAGCAAUGCCACAUUAGCUGAAUUCUCCCGCAGAAGGAAAUAUGUCUGUGAUGUCCCGUUGUGUAAGAAGAUCUACUUUAAAAGUUCCCACCUCAAGGCCCAUCUCAGAACCCACACCGGUGAGAAACCAUUCAGCUGUCCCUGGGAGGGCUGCGACAAGAAAUUUGCUCGAUCCGAUAAGCUGUCCCGCCACCAGCAAACACACAUUGGCGAGAAGAACUUUGUGUGUAACGUGUGCGAUCGGCGUUUCAUGCGCAGCGAUCACUUGACUAAGCACACUCGUAGACACCUGAACUCCACCUGAGUACAUUCAUGUGGCCAGUUAAUGUCAACAACAAGAUGGUGGCAUCUGAAGGCUCACUGGGUGGCUUCAAUCUUCCCAAGUACUGGUUGCUACCCUAAAAUCUCAGGAUGAGAUCUGACCAUACAAAACUGUUUGAAGAUUUUUAUAAAAACAGUAGGCUGCCACAUAUUGACAGGAAUAAGCUGCAAUUUUAACAGGGUUAAGAGCAAUGCCAUGAGCUUAAUUCCCACAGCUAGUUUGAGUUUAAGGCUACCAAUUGAUCAUUUGUAGAUUCCAUGGAGUUGGAAUCUUUUCAAAGAGGGUGGCCGUGUGCUUCGAAAGCAUGUAAUCACUGUUUCUGCCCAGUGUGGCAGGUGGACUAUCAGUGGAGGAAGCAGAACUUCAGCAGUAGCAGCUUAGCUUUCAUUUCCACUGGACGGGUAGCAAAAUAUAUGGACGUUUGGAUCAUGAUUUUGUUGGGGCUGUGUCUGUUAUUGUAAAUUUGAAUGUAUAUGUGAAUAUCUAUCAAUAUUAUUUAUUACAGUUUAUUUACAGAUAAUACAACAAUGUAUUAAAGCGUUUGGUU